AUGGCCAGGCGUAGGCAGGCGUCAGGACUAACCGCGGCCACCGAAUCCUCCCGUCAGCAGACCAGAGUCCCAUUGCCCGCAAGUGUCGCUCAUCUCCAGGACGCAGCAGAGCCUCAUCCUCCACCGGCCCCGACGCGGCGACAGUCAUCACGCAAUAUCUCAUCCCACGCAAGCACGAACCCCAAUGCCAAUCCUGAUGUCGUCGAUGGCAUCACUGCGCUGCGGGCUUCACCGGACAGCGUGGAGCUCGCCAAUGUUGGAGACAAUGGCCUGACCCCCGGAAGGGAAAAAUCUAGCGGAGGGCCAGUGGACACUGCACCAAUUGACGCCACAUCUGCAGCACCUGAUGCAUUCACGGAGCAUGGCUCCAUUGAUGUACCUGCAGAAGCGCACGGACUGUCACAAGGUGCGAGCUCCAAGCGGUCGAGGAGGCCUAAAAACGGGAGUGCGAGCGAGGCGCCUGCACCUGCAUCUGAGACAGCUGCGGCUGGUGUCCCUGAACAGCCCCCCAGCAAGUACAAACGAAAGAGGGGUGCGAAUGAGCAUGUGAAGGUGGUGGACAGUGCGGCUGUCAAUGGCACCAUCAAUGCUGGAUCCACAACUGCCAUAGCCUCCUCCGGGCCUGCCGUUGAGAAAGACGUGGGGGUAACUGGCGACCCUGAAGCCGAACAAGAUGCUGUCGAGGGUGAGGAUGAAGUCAAGGAAGCUUUGUCCAGGCCGCCGCCCGUCAACUCUGACUAUCUGCCUCUGCCGUGGAAGGGUCGGAUUGGAUACGCCUGUCUGAACACAUACCUACGCAACGCUAAUCCGCCCGUCUUCAGUUCGCGGACGUGCCGGAUAGCCAGCAUCCUCGAGCAUCGACACCCUCUCAAGGACACCUCGCAACCCGAGCAUGCCACUAAGAAUCGCCCUGACCGAGAUCAGCCCGCGGAUGUUGCACGAGGACAGCGCUACGUGGAGGAGCUCGGCCUUGCUAACGCCCGCGAUGUGGUCAAGAUGGUCCGCUGGAAUGACAAGUACGGGAUAAGGUUCAUGCGUCUGAGUAGUGAAAUGUUCCCCUUUGCCAGCCAUGAUGAGUAUGGCUACAAGCUCGCUCCUUUCGCGGCAGGUACUCUCGCCGAGGCAGGUAAGAUUAUUGCUGAGCUUGGCCACCGAGUGACUACGCAUCCGGGCCAGUUCACGCAGCUUGGUUCGCCGCGUAAACAGGUCAUUGACAACGCAAUCCGUGAUCUCGACUAUCAUGAUGAAAUGCUGUCGCUUCUCAAGCUGCCGCCUCAGCAAAACCGCGACGCCGUCAUGAUCUUGCAUCUGGGGGGUGCUUUUGGUGACAAGCCUGCCGCUAUUGAGCGCUUCAAGGAGAACUAUUCCAAGCUUUCUCAAAGUGUCAAGAAUCGUCUUGUUCUUGAAAAUGAUGAUGUAGUCUGGUCGGUGCAUGAGAUCUUGCCUCUCUGUGAAGAGCUCAACAUCCCCAUGGUUCUUGAUUUCCAUCAUCACAACAUCCUCUUUGAUUCCACUCAAGUCCGCGAGGGCACCAAGGAUAUUAUCGAGCUGUUCCCUCGCAUCCUUGAGACAUGGAGAAGGAAAAGUAUCACGCCGAAGAUGCACUACUCUGAGCCUUGUCCAGAGGCAGUCACUGCACGGUCUAGGAGAAAGCACUCCCCGCGUGUGAUGACGUUCCCGCCAUGUCCAGACACCAUGGAUCUCAUGAUCGAGGCAAAGGACAAGGAGCAGGCUGUCUUCGAGCUCAUGCGGACGUUCAAGGUUCCGGGUUUCGAACUCUUCAACGAUGUCAUUCCUCACGUACGACAAGACGAAAAUAAGCCAUGGAAACCAAAGCCGAAAAAAAAGACAAAGAAGAGCAAGAAGAACAAGACGGACGAUCUUGCGGAGCUGGACGUCAAGCUAGAAGAGGAGGAAGAAGAAGAGAAGCCUCCGCCUAUCGUGCCAGAGGAAGAGGUUGGUAUGGGCGGACCAGAGCGUAGAGUCUACUGGCCGCCCGGUAUGGAAGACUGGCUACGGCCACCGAAACGCAUAGUCAAGAAAAAGGACGAGGCAGAUGGUGCUACUACGCCUGCGAAAAAGAAGAGGAAGACGGCUGCCGCCGCUGCCCACACCGAUGACAUGCCGUCCAACAAUGGCGACACGCCCGCGCAGAAGCCCGCUCCAAAACGUGCAGCUACUAAAACGAAGGCGGCCGGAAAAGCAGUCCCGCCGCUUUCGCCAUCAGAUGAGGAUAGCGACCGGCUCAGCAGCUUAGGCAAGGACGGGGACGGCGAUGAGGGUGGAGAAGCGCUGCCGAGCAAGCGUGGGGCGCCCGCUCCGCCAAGUAGGAAGAGAUCGGGGCGAGUGUCUCAGCGGGUGAGCUACAAGGAGGAAGAGGCCGAUGACACGAGCGUGUGA